GACACACAGUCCUUACAUUCAUUUUACCAACUCACCCUUUCCACUCUUUAUAUCCCGUUUAAUUUUCAAACCCUCCUCCCUCCCUCCACCCAAACAAAACCGCAGCAAUGAAGUUCUCCUACACUCUCGCUGCCGUCUUCGCGACCGCCGCCGUCGCCGCCCCAGUGGCCCAGGCCCCAGCCGUCCCAGUCGACGCCGGCCUUCUCGCAAAGUUGAGCCCCGAUGUCGCCGCUCUCGUUACCGGUCUCGGACUCACCACCCUCGCACCUGGUCUUGCCGCUACCCUCGUCACCCUCAGCGAGGGCCUGAAGACCCGCCAAGUCGGUGUCCCAGUUGAUGCUGGCCUCCUCGCCAAGCUCAGCCCUGAUGUGGCUGCUCUCGUUACCGGCCUCGGACUCACCACCCUCGCCCCUGGCCUUGCUGCCACCCUAGUCACUCUCUCCGAGGGCCUCAAGACCCGCCAGGUUGAGGGUGUUGUCAACACCGUCGAGACUGUUGUCACCCCCGUCACCGAUGUUGUUUCAGGCCUCGUUGCUGGUGUCGGUGCCCGCCAGGAUGUCCCAGUUGUUGGCGAUCUUGUCCAGCAGCUCGAGGCCAUCCUUGCUGGCCUCACCUCCGGUGUUGCUGCCCGCCAGAACGUCCCAGUUGCCGGCGAUCUCGUCCAAACUCUUGAGGCUCUCCUCGCCAGCUUGAAGGGUGGUGUCGCUGCCCGCCAGAGUGUCCCUGCUGUCGGCGAUCUUAUCCCGACUGUUGAGGCGCUCCUCGCUAGCCUCACCAACGGCACUGGUGUUAUUGGUGCCCGUGACAUCGCCGGUCUUGAGGCUCUUAUCCAGAGCCUCACCGCCGGAGGUGCCGCCACCGACAUCGCCAGCAAGGCCGCCGGUUCCGUCCCAGUUGACGCCGGUCUCCUGGCCAAGCUGAGCCCAGAUGUCGCUGCUCUCGUCACCGGUCUUGGACUUACCUCCCUCGCCCCUGGCCUUGCCUCCACCUUGAUCACCCUCUCCGCAGGACUCAAGACCCGCCAGGUCCCCGACGUGGUUGGUGAGCUCCAGCCCGCUCUUGAGGCUAUCCUCGCCCAGGUCACCGGUGCCGUUCAGGACAAGGUCGUCCCUACCGUUCAGGGUACCGUUGAGAAGGUCGUCCCUACCGUCCAGGGUACCGUUGAGAAGGUCGUCCCUACUGUCAAGGGCACCGUCGAGCAGGUCACUGGUGCUGUCCAGGGUCUUGGUGCCCGCGACGUCGCUGGCGUCCCAGUCGAUGCCGGUCUCCUCGCCAAGCUCUCCCCCGAUGUUGCUGCUCUUGUCACCGGCCUCGGACUCACCACCCUCGCCCCUGGCCUCGCUGCCACCCUCAUCACUCUCUCCGAGGGCCUCAAGACCCGCCAGGUUGACAGCGUCGUCCCAGACAUCCCAGUUGAUGCUGGUCUCCUCGCCAAGCUGAGCCCUGAUGUCGCUGCUCUCGUCAGCGGUCUCGGACUCACCUCCAUCGCACCUGGACUCGCUGCCACCCUUGUCACCCUCUCUGAGGGCCUCAAGACCCGCCAGGUUGAGGGUGUCGUUAACACCGUCGAGACUGUUGUGACUCCCGUCACUGGCCUCGUCUCCGGCCUCGCUGGCUCCGUUGGCGCCCGCCAGGUUGAGGGUGUCGUCAACACCGUCGAGACCGUCGUGACUCCCGUCACUGGCCUCGCCGGCUCUGUUGGUGCCCGCCAGGUUGAGGGUGUUGUUAACACUGUCGAGACCGUUGCCGCCCCCGUCACUGGUCUCGUCUCCGGUCUCGCUGGUGGUGUUGUCACCCGUGACGUUGCUGGUGUCCCCGUCGACGCUGGUCUCCUCGCCAAGCUCUCCCCUGAUGUCGCUGCCCUUGUCACCGGUCUCGGACUCACCACCCUCGCUCCCGGUCUCGCUGCUACCCUGAUCACUCUCUCCGAGGGACUCAAGACCCGCCAGUCCUCUGACCCGCUUGCCGUCGUCACCCAGGCUCUCGAGGCUAUCCUGAACCCUGUCACCUCUACUGUCUCCGGCGUCGUCGCGCCUGUCAUUGGUGCCGUCGAUGCCCGUGAUGUUGUCCCAGCUGUUGGUGGUGUUGUGUCUGAGGUUGAGGGUGUUGUGAAGAACGUCACCGGCAACGUCGGCGCCACCGAUGCUGCCUCCAAGGUUGCUGGUAUCCCAGUUGAUGCCGGUCUCCUUGCCCAGCUGAGCCCUUCUAUCGCUGCUCUUGUCAGCGGUCUUGGACUUACCUCCUUGGCACCUGGACUUGCUUCUACUCUGAUCACCCUCAGCCAGGGCUUGUAAAUUACAGGACCUCGAUUGUGCGACCUUGUUUUUUGAAUAAAUUUCGACGAAAUCUGUUUCCGAAAGGCAAUAAAGUGAUGGAGGAGACGGGAAAGUGAUGAUGGCGUUCAUGGGCGGUGAUUAUACCUUCAACAAAGCGACAUGGCUAGCGAUGCAGCUGGCUCUUCAAACGUUCUUUUUUCGUUUUAUAUAAGAUUUAUGUUCAGGGGGAACGGGACACUGUUCCGUUAGUGUAUUUAGGCAGUAAUGUAUUUAAACAACUGAUUGUGGAAGAAGCU